CCUUCCUCUGGCUCUUGGGGAGACGAAAGUGGGGUGGGGACUGGGCCACCCCAAUCUCAGCAGCUCAGGCUUUCUCUUUCAUUGAGUUGAGGUUUCCCAGGGGAGACCCCCACCCCUAUUCCAUGCUUGCCCCAGGGCCCUGGUGAACUGCCUACAUGACCCUGUGGGGAAGGCGGAGUGAGAUGCGAGCCAGCAUGUCCCCAAGGUCCCCAAGCUUCAAAGAGCUAGACCCGUGGCUUGAGGUGUUCGCUGACCACAGAAGUGAGUUGGGGGGUGGGGGUGGACCAGUACUUGUCCAAGGUCACCUAGCUCUGCUCACCAGUGCCUGGCGGGCUCGACCCACAGCUCCCAGACCUGGGACGCCCCUCCUGGAGCACCCUGAGCUCCUGCCUGACUAUGGCUUGUCUCCCUGCUCCUGCCACCCCAGCACCCCCUUUAGCCUGAUUCUAGUUACAGACAUCCACAUGGCUUAGUCCCACUGGGAGCAGCAACCAGGGCAGGGAAGGUAGUCUGGGCCUUGGGGUUCUGCGAGUCAGAAGAGGUCUUCAUGGUGGGAUUUUGGGGGGCUCAGGCAGGGUCCACCAAGGACACAGGGAGGCGAGGAAGGCCCCCAUCCUCCCCCACCCCUGCUGGUAACUAGGAGGUCAAAGUCUCUCCCAAGGUCAAAAAUUGAUUGUUUUGCAAUGAAGAGGCAGGAAACGGGGCGGGCAGAGCCCCUCCUCCUCUGCCCUGGGGGUGGAGCGUGGUUGGGGGGGGGGGACUUGUUAAGAAGGUUGGACUGAGGCCAGGACUGUGCCCCCAGCCUAGAGGGGGAGGGGGCAAGCAAGGCCUGAUCUCAGGCUGCCUGCUGGAACCGAUAAGGGGCCUUCUGGGGCUCCCACAAACGGUUUAUCACUGGGGGGGGCAGUCUGCAGGAGGGGGCGCCAGCCAGCAUGGAACGGCUGUGGGGUCUACUCCAGAGAGCGCAAAGCUUGUCUCCGAGGCCCUCCCAGACCAUCUACAAGCCGGUGGAAGGCACCCAGCAGGGCCGCCUGGAGGAGGAAGAGGAGGACCGGGAGGAGGGGCCCGAGCCCCCGGUCCCCUUCUGCCCCAUGAAGCUUCGGGGGCCGGAGCCCCGGCUCUCCUUCACUGGGCGGCAGAGCCUGGGCCUCUGGGCAUCAGCUGGCCGGCGGGCUGCCCCCUACCUGGUCCUGAUGGCCUUGCUGAUCUUCACUGGGGCCUUCCUGCUGGGCUAUGUGGCCUUCCGGGGGUCCUGCCAGGCCUGUGGGGAUGACGUACUGGUGGUGAGCGAGGACGUGAACUAUGAGCCGGGACCUGAGACCCAGCAGGGCACCAUGUACUGGAGUGACCUCCAGGCCUUGUUUCUGCGGCUCCUGGGGGAGGGCUGCCUGGAGGAGGCCAUCAGACAGACCAGCCUUCGGGAGCGGGUGGCGGGCUCCGCUGGGAUGGCCGCCCUGGCUGGGGACAUCCGCCAGGCCCUGUCCCGCCAGAAGUUGGACCACGUGUGGAUGGACACGCACUACGUGGGGCUGCAGUUUCCAGACCCGGCUCACCCCAACACCCUGCACUGGGUGGAUGAAGCAGGGGGGCAACUGCGGCUGGAGGACCCAGACGUGUACUGUCCCUACAGUGCCACCGGCAACGCCACGGGGGCGCUGGUGUACGCCCACUACGGGCGGCCUGGGGACCUGCAGCACCUGCGCUCGCUGGGCGUGGAGCCGGCCGGGCGCCUCCUGCUGAUGCGCCUGGGAGCCAUCAGUUUCGCGCAGAAGGUGGCCAGUGCACAGGACUUCGGGGCCCUGGGAGUACUCAUAUACCCGGACCCUGCAGACCUCUCCCAGGACCCCCACAAACCUGAGCUGCCCAGCCACCGUGCUGUGUAUGGACACGUGCACUUGGGGACAGGGGACCCCUACACGCCGGGUUUCCCUUCCUUCAAUCAAACCCAGUUCCCUCCAGUCCAGUCCUCUGGGCUCCCCAGCAUCCUGGCCCAGCCCAUUAGCGCCGACAUCGCCUUGCAGCUGCUGAGGAAGCUCCAAGGUCCAGAGGCCCCCCAGGAGUGGCAGGGGCGCCUCCCCCACUCCCCUUACCGCCUGGGCCCCGGGCCAGGCCUGCGCUUGACGGUCAACAACCACCGGGUCUCCACGCCCAUCAGUAACAUCUUUGGUUGCAUUGAGGGCCGCUCCGAGCCAGAUCACUAUGUUGUCAUCGGAGCACAGAGGGACGCGUGGGGCCCAGGAGCGGCCAAGUCGGCUGUGGGCACAGCCAUCCUGCUGGAGCUGGUUCGGACCUUCUCCUCAAUGGUGAGCAAAGGCUUCAGGCCCCGCAGAAGCCUUCUCUUCAUCAGCUGGGACGGAGGCGACUUCGGGAGCGUGGGCUCCACCGAGUGGCUGGAGGGCUACCUCAGUGUGCUGCACCUCAAGGCGGUGGUCUACGUCAGCCUGGACAACGCUGUGCUGGGGGACGACAAGUUCCACGCCAAGACCAGCCCCCUCCUGAUCAGCCUCAUCGAGAACAUUCUGAAGCAGGUGGACUCCCCCAACCACAGCGGGCAGACCCUGUUCGAGCACGUGGUGUCCCACAACCAGAGCUGGGACGCGGAGGUGGUCCGCCCGCUGCCCAUGGACAGCAGCGCUUACUCCUUCACGGCCUUCGCGGGGGUCCCUGCAGUGGAGUUCUCCUUCCUGGAGGACGGCCAGGCCUACCCGUUCCUGCACACCAAGGACGACACUUACGAGAACCUGCACCGGGCACUGCGUGGCCGCCUGCCCGCCGUGGCCCAGGCCGUGGCCCAGCUGGCUGGCCAGCUGCUCAUCCGGCUCAGCCAUGACCACCUGCUGCCCCUCGACUUCAGCCGCUACGGGGACGAGGUGCUGCGCCACAUGGGCAGCCUCAACGAGUUCUCGGGGGACCUCAAGGCCCGUGGGCUGACCCUGCAGUGGGUGUACUCGGCGCGGGGGGACUACAUCCGUGCAGCGGAGAAGCUGCGGAAGGAGAUCUACAGCUCCGAGGAGAGUGACGAGAGACUGAUGCGCAUGUACAAUGUGCGCAUCAUGAGGGUAGAGUUCUACUUCCUGUCUCAGUACGUGUCACCGGCCGACUCGCCGUUCCGCCACAUCUUCCUGGGCCACGGGGACCACACACUAGGCGCCCUGCUGGACCACGCGCGGCUGCUGCGCUCGGGGGGCGCCAGAGACCCCAAGACCGCCUCCUCCAGGCAGGUGCCCGGCCUGGACUUCCAGGAGGGCCGCUUCCGGCGCCAGCUGGCCCUGCUCACCUGGACGCUGCAGGGGGCAGCCAACGCACUCAGCGGGGACGUUUGGAACAUCGAUAACAAUUUCUGAGCCUCCCUCCAAAAAAAUUUAAAAACCCGGGGGGGGGGGGUCCACACGGCCCACAGGAAGCCACACCCCUGGCCCUACAGGCUAGGAAGGACUGGUGACCCGGGGUCACGCUGUCAGCACAGCCCCUGGACCUCUUGGAUGGAUCAGGUGGUGCAAGAGCCCUGGGAGCGAAAGCCUGUGGCAGCAGGUGGCCUUUGGAGAGGUCUGGACCUCAUUAAAGAAAACACCCAGUG